CUACCUUGCUCGGUAAUCCGUGGAGGUGAUUCUGGCAAACGAGAGAAAACCGUUUGAAAGUGAUUUGCGUAGUAGAAGUAUCAGGUACGAGUUCAUUCCGAGUAUUUUCACGCGAAUUUCAGUUAAAAUAUUGAUUAUUGUCACACGUCUCGACGGAUAGGAACGCUCGACAUAUUUGGACAGGAUGUUUCAGACGAAGAAAGACGUCGACCGACACGUACAAGAGAUAUUCCGGAAAUUGAAGACCGAGAACGAGAGGAAUCUCCGUUGUUACAACAUUGCUAAAUUAUAUUAUCAAGUACGAGAUUAUGCAGCAGCCAAGAAAUAUGUAUCUAGUUAUUUAGAGAUUCGAGAGGAAUCUGCUGGAGCACACAAACUUCUUGGUCAGAUUCAUGAAGGUCUCGGAGACAAGGAGGCUGCUUUAGCGGAAUAUAAAACCUCUCUUUCACUUGAUAGAGCUCAGAACGAUCUUGUUUUGAAAGUAUGUGAGCUAUUAGCCGACAUGGAUAUAGGACUAGACAUAAAAAGUGGCAAAUACUGGUUGGAAAGAGCCGAACGACAAUUUGCACACCAUCCUGUUGUUUUUCAACUAAAGGAGAAAUUACUCACUGUGGAUAGUUCCAAUGGCAGUAGUGAAGACUUAGAAGCUUUAAUAAGAUCUGAAUUAUCUGCAAGGCCAAGAAAUGUCGAUCUGCAUGUAAAAUUACUCAACCACUAUAUCGAUAAGAAAAGAUUAGACGAAGCAUACAAGCAUGCUGCUCAAGUUGAAUCAACACUUUUACACAGGAAUAGUUUAAUAUGGUAUCAAACUCUCUGCGAACUGCUGCCAAAAUGCAAAAGCAGUAAGCAAUCCGACUGGUUAUUUUGGGUAUUAUGUGUUUCGGCAUUUGAAAGAUAUGCUGCACUUUCUCUAAAAGAACAAGGUGACGGGCCAAAGAAAACCAUACCCGAAGCUGCACAAGCCAUCUUUAGUUUCGAUCAAAUUCUGGUGGAAGCGAAACAUCAAAACUUAACGCAGAAUGUUGCUUUCAUCGACUGUAUGUUCACACAUAUGUGGGGUCAAGUACAUUUACAUCUAGCGUGCUUGCUUUUGAGGAAGGCAAAGCGUGAGCAAGGCUCAUGGGCUGAAACAGGACGGCUUUGUGCACCAUUGUUACUUAGUGCACUUCACACGAAUCCAGUGGAUCUGACAGCUUCCUGGGUAUCACAUUUAAAUGAUCGUUGCAAGGUACAGAUAAGGUUGUGGUAUAAAGAAGGAUCCUACCGAUGCAGCCAAGCAGGUCAUAUCCUGUAUGAUUACGGAAAGGACGAUGGAAAAGCACUUUAUGAUAAAAUUGAUAAAUUCUGCACCGGUGCAUGGAAAGAACGUAUUUAUCAGAGAAUAUUUAUAAGCAAUCUACAACAGAAAAUGAUGGGGACUUCUUAUUUUGUCACUGCUUUACCAUUGAAUCAUCCUACUAGACUUUGCUCUCAUUAUGAUCUUAUGCACUACGAUGAAGUUGCCGAAGAGGUGUACCCGUCGUCACUGCACCAUCAAGUAUGGCUUGGCAUUGCGAGUCGAAUUUACCAUUCACCUUCGCAUACAACUUCUGCUAAAAACAACGGGCCCUAUCCCAACCGUCAUUCCCAUGUUUUUCCCAACUUGCAAUUAUCUGCAUACAAUCUUAGUCAAGCUGCUGCAGACACUUUAAGCCAGCUUGAUAUUGAUGCAUUUCUAAAUGCUACGGUUUUGUGCAGUUCCGUAAUCGUUGAAGAGCAACAACGUAGUGGCUAUUUGAAUCCACAUAGAUUAUCUACUUUGCCAGCUGAUAUUUCUAAAGUAUUGUGCACUCAUAUGCAAGAAAAAUGGUGGUCAGCAGCGUACAAGAUGUACUGCAAUUACAACAGUGAUGACCAAGAUAUCGGUGAAAUGAGACAAAUUAUUCAGCAAGGCUUAGAAUCCGUUCGCUGUAUUGGCAAUCAUGGAUUGCAUGCAAAUAUUUUGGUUCAUCUGGCUCGAAUGUUUCACCACAGGGUCAAAGUUUUAAAGGAGAAAGAUAAAGAACACCGUGACAUUCCAGCGUUAGAAGCUCGGUCUGAAUUAUAUUGGACCGCAGCGGUCCCUCUUCUUGAAAGACUGCAAAACAAUCAGAUUAUUCGAACAACGGGCUCAAAAUUAUUCGAUUAUCAAGGAAAGGAAAUGAACAGCGUGGAAUUAACUAAUGCCUUGGAAGAGGGUAGAUUAUUAUUGGCUCAAAGGCAUCUAAGAGAGAAACAAUACGAGCUGGCGAUAGAUGUCUUACAAAACUUGAAGUGCCCGGAUGCCUCUUUUCAACAAGGACAAAUUUACAAGAUUUUAGCCGACGAAUUGAUCAGCUCCGUACCUAAAGAGAAUUUAACAUCCGAAUUGAGGUCUCAACACGUUAUCAUGUUAUCAAAAGCACGAGAUUGCUUCUACUUGACAUUGGACCGUUUACGCAGCCCAGGAACAGAUCCAAAGCAUCCGUUAAACUCUGACCUAUGCGAACAUAUUUCAACUAUCGAAAGCGAAUUGAAAAGAAUCGAUCCAGAUGUGUGGCAGGAUGACAUGAACAGAAACGAAUGUGAGGGUGUCUCGGAGGACAGUUUCUCUUCUGCUCACAGUGGUGGUGAAAAGCCACACACAAAUAUUGGUUUAAGUAGUACAGGGCACAUAUUAAAUACACCACAAAGGAACAUGCAUCGUGCCCCGAAGCAAUCCAGUACACCAUGCAAGCCACAAAAUCAGGAAAUCCUAGAGUUGUCUCGUCACCGUACGGAAGCAAGGCCGAGUCCGGAAAGGUUGGACGCGCAGAUUCGACAAUUGAUUCACUCCAGAGAGAGCGCAAUCCAGUCCAUCGUGGAGCAAAACAAGAUCAUCCUGGAAAAUCACAAAGUCGUGAUGGAGUCCUUAGAAGAAGUUAAGAAGAAGGUGAACGAGUUGUGCUUAGAAACGCAGAAACUGCGCUCGCAGUCGACCGUAAACCCACCAUCGGAAAGAGACAUAUACGUGUACCCUGAGGAAGAGUACAGCGAGUUGAACUACGACAGCACCUCGGCCCAGGCAUUGGGGCCAUCUUCCUUCCGAGGUGGGAUAUUCCCGACAUCCCAGAGGCAUCCAACCUACUCCCAGUUGAUGUAUCCACCUACUCUGCAAGGGUAUUACCAAGGAAACUUGCCAUUCAACGAUCCAAGUGCUCAACACAUGCAGCCGUUGUACCCAACGAGCGUUUACGCGAUGCCUCCGCUCUAUCCACGUCCCACGGUUGAUCAGACCAUCCCACCGCUGCACAAAAUGGCAGACGGAGUUUUGCAGCAGGGAUUAUUCGCUCAGAGGGUGUCGAGUCAAUUGACCGAUCUCGUGCCUCCACCACAACCGACGCCGAGUCAGCCAAACCCGUCCCAGAUGCAGAAACUCGAGGUGGCGAGGAACGAGAUCAUCAUCAAGAACACUCCGGUCAACAAAGUUCCUCCAGUGAAUGUCGUUAUCACGGCGUCGGACACGCUGCCGACCACAGCGCCGGCGGAACAACCGACGCUUAGCGUCACUAUACCACCUCAGUACAGAUUAGGUACUAUCGCGACACCAAGUGCUGCUGUAAGCACCACAUCGGCGACUUCUGGCGUUAUUUCCAGCACAACGGCCACCGCAACACCCGCCAAAGCUGCCCACAUGUACCAGAUUUCGAUGCCUUCUCAAGCCACCAUUCCAACAACGGUGAACCUGCCGCCCUUGUCGAUUACUCUGACCACGGUGACGUCUUCGCCUUCGGUCUCGGUUACGAGAGACGAUGGCAGGCUCAAUGCCAGUUCCCGGUCCACGGGGUCGGCGAAUGCGUCCAACGAGUGGAGUGGCGAGGUAGAACCCGACCCUAUGCCGCACUUCGUCCCACUUAUUCCCCUUCCGGCGGAAGUCGAUGUCACCACUGGGGAGGAAGAUGAAACCGUCUUGUAUCAGGGCAGGGGGAAGCUCUACCGCUUCGUCAACAAGGAGUGGAAGGAACGUGGAAUUGGCAUCGUCAAGCUCCUACGCAACUCCGAGGGCAAGGUCCGCCUGCUUAUGCGCAGAGAUCAGGUCUUGAAGAUCUGCGCGAAUCACCUGAUCACUCCCGACAUGGAGCUGACGAGCAUGUCCUCGAACAAGGCCUGGAUAUGGGCGGCCAACGACUUCGCCGAUGAGAAGAUGCAGCUGGAGAAGCUGUGCUUGAAGUUUAAGACGGAGGAGGAUGCGAAGCAGUUCAAGGAGAGCUUUGAGGAGGCAAAGGCGUCCUUGCCUCCGCCGUCUGGCUCCGCAAAAGCUGGGAGCAAGGAGGAGACUAAAACCAACGUCGUUGCGACUACGGUUAGUAUCGUUCCGGAAACCACUGUUUCAGAGACGAAGGCUGAGGACACUGGUCCGGUUGUUCUGGGCGGCUUUUCGUUCUCCUCGAAGCCGAUCCUUCAGCCGCAGAAGUCGGUGGAGGCGAAACCUGUGCAGCAACCUGAGGACGCGGCGAAGGCCAGUCCCUUUUCCAAGUUCUCAUUCGUCAGGGCGGAUAAUGGGAAGACUGAAGUGCCAACGGGGACUGGUGCCUCCGGAUUGGCCACGACUUUGCAGCCCACUGGGUUCUCCGCUGUCAAGACAACCCCUGGUAGCUUCUCUUUCGUGAAGCAGAGCUCUGCUCUGCCUGCAGCUACGUCUACUCCGACGGUUCCUACGACCGUUGACGCCACCCAAGGGCCACAGGAACGGGGUACUUUCCAGAACACUCCUGUGCAGGCUUCGAGGACCCUGAGGAGGCCCCAUGCUCCGGCUCCUGCUGAUUUGAUCUCCGUGCAAGCUUCGACGAAGAAGGAUUUGGAGAUGUCCGGAGAUGCGAAUCCUGCGAACGAGCCUAUUGCUGGGACCGACAAGGAGUCUGUUUUGUUCGAAAACAACGCCCAUCUUAGAAUCCGAGACGCGUCCAAACAGUGGAAGAACAAAGGCAAUGCGCUCACAAAGAUUCUCCACAACUCGAGGACGGACAAGACCCGACUGCUCAUAUGCGGCCAAGUCGUUUCUAAGGUGUAUUACGAUAGGGUUGUUCAGCCGAACGUUAAGUUCAGCUACGUGAACAGCAACAAGCAAGCGGUGAGCUGGUCUCCUGGGGAUGACCCCAAGGGACACACUUUUGCGCUCCAUUUCGAGACUGCGGAGCUGGCGAAGAUCUUCCUGAGGGUCCUGACCAGCAGUCAAGAGAAGAUGAAAGCUGAACAACCUGGGGAAAAUGUCUCCCUUGUUGCGAACGAGCCGAUUGCUGGUACCGACAAGGAGUCUAUUUUGUUCGAAGGAAACGCCCAUCUUAGAAUCCGAGACGCGCUCAAACAGUGGAAGAACAAAGGUAACGUGCUCACCAGGAUUCUCUACAACUCGAAGACGGAUAAGACCCAACUGCUCGUAUGCGGCCAAGUCGUUCCUAAUGUGUAUUACGAUCGGGUUGUUCAGCCGGACGUUAAGUUCAGCUACCUGAACAGUAACAAGCCAGCAGUGACCUGGUCUCCUGGGGAUGAUUCCAACGGACACACUUUUGCACUGCAUUUCGAGACUGUGGAUCUGGCGAAGACUUUCCUGAGGGUCCUGACCAGCAGUCAGGAGACGAUGAAAGCUGGACAACCCGAGGAGAAUGUCUCCCAUGAGGCUUGGGAAGCGAAGAGCAUGGGAACUCCCCAGGUGGUUGCGAAAGAGACCUCAUCUGGGAAGAAUCUGAAACCCUUGUCGGAGCUCUUCAAGUCUCCAGUGGGUUCCUGGGAGUGCAGCGCAUGUUAUACCAGAAAUGAUGCUGCGAAACAGGAAUGCAUCGCUUGCAAUGGUCCUUCUCCGGAGGCUGCGAAACUUUCUACGGAGGCUGCAAAACUUCCUAGGGAGGUUGCAAAACCAGAGAAGUCUUCUCUGGCUCAAAUGUUUAAACAACCUUCCGGAUCCUGGGAAUGCAAGAGUUGCUACAUCUUCAACGACUCGUCCACUUCGGAGUGCAUUGCUUGUGGUUCAGCUCGUAAUCCUACGCAGACUGCGAAGUCGAAAACUGGGGUCUUCGAUGCUCUGACUUCCACUUCGCAGUCGAUACCUGCAUUUUCUUUUGGCAUUCCUCCAGAUGCAGCCAAGGACGCUUCUCUGGGAGGCUUUACUUUUGGCAUGCCUAAGUCUACUGAUAAUGCUGUUGGUGAUACCGGAAAAUCACCGAGCUUGACUUUUGGAAGCGCUGCUUUAAAGAUCCCAGAACCAACAACAAAGUUCACCUUCGGUAUCCAGAAAGAACCACCAGCGGAGAAUCCAUUCACCUUCGGGUCUCCUGGAAAGUCCUUUGACUUCCAGUUCCAUUCCAAGUCUUUGGUCAAGUCUCCUGGAAGUGGAGAUGUAACCGAGGAGGAGGUCGUCGAGAGCGAGGACGUAUAUUUCCCUCCGGUCAUUCCACUUCCUGAUAAAGUUGAUGUCAAGACCGGAGAGGAGGACGAAGAGGUGCUUUAUACUCACAGAGCGAAACUCUUCAGGUAUGACUCAGGGAACAAGGAGUGGAAAGAACGAGGCAUGGGAGAUAUUAAGCUGCUGAAGCACACCAAAACCGGGAAACUGCGGCUGGUUAUGAGAAGGGAACAAGUCUUGAAGAUAUGCCUUAAUCAUGUCGUUACAUCGGACCUAGAACUCACGUCAAAGGAUGAUAAGUCUUGGCUUUGGGCUGCUGGGGAUUACAGUGAGGGUGAACUCGAAUAUGUGAAAUUUGCCUGUCGGUUCAAGACUGCAAAUGUUGCACAGGAAUUUAAAAAUGCUAUCGAUAAUGCGAAGAAAGAUUUGGACAAGUCUUCGGAUGAUCAAGACGUUGGAUUUGAGAGUGCUGGUACUGCGACCUCGGAUUCGCAAGAUAUUCAAAUCGUGUACGAGGUCAUGGUAACUUCUGAAGACAAGGCUGCUGCCUUGAAGCUUAAGCUUCCGGAGAACUUUUAUGCCUACAAACAGAAACCAGAUUGUCCUGGAUGUCGAGGCUGCAGGGAGCCCGAAGUACCUUUGUUCGAUGGUACCGAUGCUGCAAAGGUAUCGACUACUAAAGAUCAAACAAAAAGUCUUACUUUGACCACCACGAGUCAGUCUUCACCUGGCGUCAUUCCGUUUGGUGGAGCUUCGGCUCAACCAACAUUCGGAACCAACAGCUGGGAAUCGAUUGGCAACAAAAGUGCUGGGUUUGUCUUCGGAGCAUCGUUCACUCCAUCCAGUACCAAGAGUACUUCAAUGGCCAUCUUUGGGGGAAAUCUUGCGACCCCAACAUUGGACAAGUCUGGCAACGAGCCCUCCAAUGCUACAAAAUUAAUGUUCGGCGGGAAUAGUGCCUCGACUUUGGAUAAUUUAAAAAUCUGUAGCCCUUCCGAAGCCAGCUCAGAGACUCCUCGAAUAGGCUCCUUGAACUUUAGUGGGACUAUAUUUGGUAACACACCAUCGAGUAUUACGCCUAUAUUUGGCGGCACAAAGACUACUUCGAUUGAUGAGACGAGCAAGCCUUUAUUCUCUGGUACGCCAGCUUCAGGUGCAGAAAGCGCAAAGUUGACGUUUAGCAAUCUGCAAAAGGCGGUUCAGCCAAGUUCAGCUGUUUUGAAACCUCCUAAGCUGGAAACAGCUAAUGCCAAUAUUUUUGGGAACUUCCCUAAGACUGCUACGUCCCCUCCGACUAGCGAAGUAACAGUGAUCGUAGAGUCAACUGAAAAAACUCCACCUUCGCUAAGUAUCUCCUCUACAGAGACCCCAGUGUUUGGAUCCAGUGCUCUGCGAACCAGUUCAAGUGCUUUACCUACGUUUGAAUCCGAGGCUAAUAAAUCAAUGUUGUUCGGCUCACUUCCACCGACCAGUCAAGUCUUUGGGACUACGACUGCGACGUUUGCUUCUAAACUCUCGUUCAGCAGCCUGUCGAACAGUGGUAAGACAACUACCAAUGAUGGAAAUACAAAUGUUGGUGGCAACAAUUUCUUCGGACCUAAACCUGUGGAUACAAGUGCCGUAAAAGGAGACAUUGAAGCCUUUUUGCCCACCAAAGAAAAUCUUACGUUUUCUUCAUUUGCUCAAGCAGCACAGCAAACAGGAUUUAAAGAAGUUGCAGACACAAACUUCACGUUUGCCGGGGCUGGGUCUACAGUUUUUGGCUCUACGUCAGCUGCGAACAAGUUAUCGGAGUUGAAAGAAACAAGGAAAGCUGAAAAUAAAUCCGAAGCGAAAGAUGAUGCAGAGGAAGAUGGGUAUUAUAAUGACGAUGGCACGACAGAACACGAUCCACACUUUGAUCCCAUUAUACCUUUACCAGAUGCAAUCGAAGUAAGAACUGGGGAAGAGGAUGAAGAAAAAGUUUUCUGCGAGCGAGCGAAGCUGUACAGAUACGACACAGCAACAAAAGAAUGGAAAGAACGAGGAGUCGGAGAGAUGAAGAUUCUACACCAUGCAGGCCGAGGCACCUACAGAUUCCUGCUGCGCAGAGAACAAGUCUACAAAGUUGUGUGCAACAUUCUGUUGACCGCAGACCUGGAGUUCCAGACAUUGUCGACCUCCGAUCGAGCCUGGUUAUGGGGUGCCAUGAAUUAUGCCGAAGAGGAGCCAAUCCUUGAAAAGUUGGCCAUAAAGUUCAAGACUCCGGAACAAGCUACGCAUUUUAAAAACAUAGUCGACAGUGCUCAACAAGAACUAAGGGAAAGGCAAAAUGCCGGUUGAGAUGUCACGUCUGAAAAGGAACUAUUUAUUUUCCAUUCUAAAGCCAUACCUUUCUCUUUAUCUUUUCCUAUCACCGUACUUACAUUCUCUCGACAUGGGACUGAUUUAAUUGGACCUAUCUUAUCUUCAAGACAUCCACGGGAUACUGCAGUGAGUGAUAAUAAGAGGCCAAAGUCAAGGAAUCGUUUCCAGGGCAUGCAAGAAUGAAGUUUUGUGGUGGCGGAACUUCAAUGAGAAGUAGUGUCUAAAGUUUCCGAUGGACAAGUGAUCGUAACGUUCGGCUGAGCUGACUUUGUUAAGGGUAUUCGAAAAGUGAAAAUAAAAAAUUAAGCGUCACCCGAACUGUAGCUUGGUAGAAAUAACCUGUAUGCAGAAAAAAGCAUGAUGUGAACGGUGCUUGCAAACAUUGGAAGGUUUAGGUCGAGUCUUCUCGACUGGAUGUCAUCUGGCGGGAUGUGUACGUUUUACUUAUCUAUUAGCUGUACUCGUAAUUUUACUAGUAUCAUCGCUGACAAUGUUACGAUAAAAAUGUUUUCCUUUUCCUGAUGCAA